AUAUAUUACUAGUUGUCCAGGAUACCACGUUUCGAAUUCAUCGAAACUUAAUGGCAUUAUCAUCGAAAGUAUUCCAAGAUAUGUUUUCUUGUAUCCAUCCGCAUCGAGUUUCGAAAAUUUAUUAUCAUUUCUUUAUCCACACAAAUUUAUUGCAAUUGCAUGGAAAAAUAUUUCUGAUUUUUUACAACUUGCGGAUAAAUACGAAAUCGAUAGUGUAGUAGAAGCUUCAAAAUUGUUCCUCGAAACAAAUUUUCGAGAAAAUCCCAGUUUGUCGUUUGUAUUAGCAGAUAAAUUCAGAUUUCCAUAUGUAUACAAAGAAUCAUCAAAACUUGUUCUUGAUAUACUUCCAACAUUUCAACAAUCACAAUAUUUUCAACAACUUACACCGCAAACUGGUCUUCUUCUCUUCAAUCGAUAUUUUGAAUAUGUAACCUCAAUUGGGAAAUUAAAAAGUUUCGAUGCACAUUUAACAUUCGAACAUGCCUGUGCAACACAAUGUUCUACUACAGAUAAAUUGGCGCAUGUUAAACAAUUAAAACAAGACUUUUCACAUAGAAUAACAAGUGCGCAAGUUCAUCCAAUUUUAGCUCCAUCGAAAUGUUUUGAACUAUUUUUUGAAACGAAUCAACAAAAUCCAAGUUUACAUUCUUGUGAGAAAUUAUUUUUUGAAAAACAUUUAACAAAAAAUUUUUCUAAAUAUUUUAGAAAAUUCGAACCUUUGGAAUGUAAAAAGAAUAAAAAUG